ACUGUGCUGGACCAAUGACAUUAACCCACGAAAAUCAGUCUUUGCUGACAGUAGUAUAUUUUCUAUCUAAUCUAAAAAAUGUUGGAAUAAACACCACAAAAGUUUAAACCGAGAAGAUGUCUAAUCAACCAAAUAGUAGUAAAAUGCAACGUGAAAUAUGGACCAAAUUAACACCAUACUUAGCACUUUUAAUCCUGGAAUUUCUUUUAGACGUUAGCGAAGCUGCCUCUCAAGCAGAGAUCAACAAUCAUUUGGAACUAGGAAAACAAUUUUUAGCAAAAGGGCAACUAUCAGAUGCUCUAUCACAUUAUCACGCCGCCGUUGAAGGUGACCCAAGAAAUUACCUUACAUAUUUUAAACGUGGAACUGUCUACCUCGCCUUAGGAAAAGCAAAGAACGCUCUUAGUGAUUUAGAUAAAGUUAUCGAGUUAAAACCCGAUUUUACAGCUGCACGUAUUAGUAGAGGAAACGUGCAUUUAAAAUUAGCCAAUUACGAUUUAGCACAAUUAGACUUUUAUAACACAUUACAAGCAGAUCCCUACAACCCUGAGGCUAACGAAUUAAUUCAAAAAAUCGAACCAGCAACCGAAAAGAAACGCUUAGCAGAUUACUAUUACGGUAAUAACGAUUACAACAGUGCCAUUCAACUAUUAACCGAAGUAAUUGAAAUAAGUCCAUGGGCUUCACACCUUUACGAAUUAAGAUCGGAAAUUUUAAUGGAAAAUAACGAUAUUUUAGCCGCUGUUAGUGAUAUAAAAACAGCUUCGAAACUUCAAUCGGAUAAUGUAGAUGGAUAUUUUAAACUUUCAAAUUUGUUAUAUCAACUUGGUCACGCUACGGACGCUUUAAAAUAUAUUCGGGAAUGUUUAAAAUUAGAUCCUGAACAUAAAGAUUGUUUUCCGUUGUACAAGAAAUUAAAAAAAAUUGAAAAAUUUUUAACGGAGGCUGAACAAUAUUUGGAGGAAAAAAAUUAUGGUGAAUGUAUUACGUCAGCUUUGAAGGUAUUGAAAAAUGAACGCGAUAUUUCGAUGAUUAUUUAUGAAGGGAAUCGGUUGCUUUGCGCUUGUUAUUCGAAAGAUGAACAAAUAAACGAGGCAAUUAAACAUUGUACGGAUGCUUUAAAUACAAAUUUAGAUGCUGGAGUUUAUUGUGAUCGUGCCGAUGCUUAUUUGCAAUCGGAAUUGUAUGAUGAUGCUAUUAAAGAUUUUAAAUCGGCCUUAGAAGUCGAUCAAAAUUACGAGCGGGCUAAAGAAGGUCAACAGAAAGCACAAAAAUUACAACAACAAGCUGAAAGAAGGGAUUACUAUAAAAUUUUGGAAGUGAAAAGAACCGCAUCGAAAAAAGAAAUUGUAAAAGCUUAUCGAAAACAAGCACAAAAAUGGCAUCCGGAUAAUUAUCAAAAUGAUGAAAAAAUGAAAAAGGUUGCAGAAAAAAAAUUCAUUGAUAUUGCAGCCGCUAAAGAAGUUUUAACAGACGAAGAGAAACGAAGACAGUUUGAUAACGGCGAAGAUCCAUUAGAUCCUGAAUCGGGAAAAAGCGGGAUGCCAAAUUUUAAUAAUUUCCACAAUUUCCAUUCGUUUCAAGGAAGUCCAUUUCAGUUUAGGUUUCAUUUUAAUUGAUCAAGUUUUAUCACAAGUUAUAACAACAUUUAUUAUUUACGAAGCGAUUGGAACGAAACGUGAUAUUUCACUUUUUAUAAGGAAGAUUUUUUUAUUAAUUUGAAUAUUUUCAAAGCGUUGACGCAUUUAGAUGUGGUUAAAAAAAAUGAACUGAUACCAAUUAAAGCGAGUGUAUUAAAUAUUAAAAAACAUUGAGUGUGUGUGAGAUAAACAAUUGUUAUUAAAACGAUUUGUACAUA